AUGGCGCCCACUCAGAAAUGGCCGCAUGACCACACCAAUCCAACGCCACACGAUCCUGACGAUGAACGGCGGCGACGGGAGGAGAAGCGGCGGCGCGAGGACGACGACAUCGCCGAGGCGGAUGCCCGUCUCGAGAAGGAUGAACGGAGACGUCGUCGGGAGAAGCUGAGGGCGUGGAGGGCUGCAGAGGAUGCGCGCGUGCGGGCAGCGGUAGCGGAGUACGUCGCGGCGGGGAGAGGAGAAACGGCGAGGGAGGUGGAACCCAAAGGGCCGGCGCGAGAGGUGGCAUGCCUCGGGUGCGUACAGCGCAACCUUGAGUGCCACCAGCGGCUGGUUAAGAACGCCCGCACUUGCUGGGAAUGCAAGCAGCGGCAUGUGCGCUGCGGGAACGGCACAGGUGCGCGGCGACGAUCAGCUGGUCCUUGA